CUGUGUGCAGCGGCAGAGUAGCUUCAUAUCACACGUGAUGUUCUGGAUGUGUUUAUGUUAGCAGCAUGUCUUCAUCCAAAAGAAAAAGUAAGGGUAGAACUCAACCUGCUGCUAGCUCUCCCUCCCUGGAGUCACGGGCUGCCCUGCAUGAAGCUAACAGCGAGAACACUCACAACCCUUGUGUGUUUAAAGUCACCGACUUCUUAGAUAAAGUGGAAGACAAGGUUCCCAAGAUCUACAGAUGUUCCUUUGUCCAGCUUGGGCUUAAUAGCAUGAAAUCAGCUUCUUUGUGUAUUGGACGACCUGUUCUGAUCACUAGUGCAGAAGGCAGACAGGAGGUGUGUACUGCAUGGCCUGUUGCAGGUAUGUGUGGGGGAAGAGUUGGAAUUGGUGCAACAACACAAAAAAGCCUGAAAGUGAAGCUUGGAGAUGCAGUCUCUAUUCAGCCAGUGACUGGUGCCGUGUUGCAAGCAGAAGAAAUAGAAGUCCAGCUCUGGGAGAAGGAUCCCAGUGGUGUAAGUGUUGAGGAACUGUUUUCCUUUCUGGUGAAGCGAAUGGAUGGAAAGAUAAUUAUGCCAGGCAACUUUAUAUACCUGACCUUUUAUGGUCGUCCCUGCACCUUGUUGGUAUUAAAAGUGAAAGGAAUUGAUGGAACGGUACAAGACUCCUUAGCCAAUAACUCAUUUGCAAACGAAACUGUGAUGGAAAAAACAAGUGUAAACAGCAGUAGCUUAGAUAUAUCUUUGCAGCUCAGUCUACUAGAUAUUGAAGACAACCAGGCAGCUACUAGCACUCCUAGAAAAUCUGAAGACUGCAGAGCAUCAAUUCCUUCUACUGAUACGUCUUUGGAAGUUGCUCCAAAAGACCAGGACACAGGAGAAUUGACUCAAGACUGUAUUAUUGAUGCAAAUGUUACUGGUUCUGGGGAUGAUUUGAAUGUGAAAGCCAGGCUAACAUCUGCAUGCCCGAAACCUGGGGUCAGAUGCAACACUGAUACAUUUUAUUGCAUUUCUUCAAAAACCCAAGUUAGAUAUAAAGAAUUGAAGGCCUCAUUGGAGUCAGCGGAAGAUAAACUCAAGGACAGAAUUACUUUUGAUAUGAUUGGUGGUUUGAGUGGCCAACUGAAAGAGAUCCGUGAAACCAUAGAGUUGCCUCUGAAGCAGCCUGAACUUUUUCGGACAUAUGGGAUUCCUCCUCCAAGAGGAGUGCUGCUUCACGGCCCUCCGGGCACUGGCAAGACACUGAUUGCAAGAGCAAUCGCCAGUGAAGUUGGAGCUAAUUUUUCAGUAAUUAAUGGUCCAGAAAUAAUGAGCAAGUAUUAUGGGGAGUCAGAAGCAAGACUUCGGCAGAUAUUUGCAGAAGCAUCCCUACGAUGUCCGUCUAUUAUAUUUAUUGAUGAAUUGGAUGCUCUGUGCCCAAAAAGGGAAGGUGCUCAGAAUGAAGUGGAGAAGCGAGUGGUGGCUUCAUUACUAACCCUUAUGGAUGGCAUUGGCUCGGAAGAAAGUCAUGGUCAGCUUUUAGUGCUUGGUGCCACAAACCGCCCUCAUUCUCUGGAUCCUGCUCUACGCAGGCCUGGAAGGUUUGAUAAGGAGAUAGAAAUUGGUGUUCCCAAUGCUCAUGACAGACUGGACAUCCUCCGGAGGUUACUGCAAAAGGUCUCUCACCAGUUGAUGGAUCAAGAGCUCGUGGAACUUGCAGACCGUGCCCAUGGUUAUGUGGGGGCAGACCUGACUGCGCUGUGUAAGGAAGCAGGCCUGAAUGCUCUGCGGCGAAAACUUGGAGAGCUCUGCAACCCAUCAGACACUGAAAUGGCUGGUUCUGUGAUAAUUACGCUGAGUGAUUUCUUGCAGGCGAUGAAUGAUGUCAGGCCCAGCGCCAUGAGGGAGGUAGCAAUUGACGUCCCCAAUGUGUCCUGGAUGGAUAUUGGAGGACUGGAGAAUGUAAAGUUGAAACUAAAGCAGGCCGUGGAGUGGCCCCUUAAACAUCCUGAAUCUUUCAUCCGCAUGGGAAUACAGCCACCCAAAGGCGUACUGCUGUACGGACCUCCAGGCUGCUCCAAAACCAUGAUAGCCAAGGCACUAGCAAAUGAAAGUGGGCUUAAUUUCCUGGCAGUCAAAGGGCCAGAACUGAUGAACAAGUAUGUUGGUGAAUCGGAACGAGCUGUCAGAGAAAUCUUUAGAAAGGCAAGAGCUGUUUCUCCUUCAAUACUUUUCUUUGAUGAAAUUGAUGCCUUGGCUGUUGAGAGAGGGAGUUCUUCUGGAGCUGGAAAUGUGACAGACCGUGUUUUAGCUCAGCUGUUGACAGAAAUGGAUGGAAUAGAACAGCUCAAAGAUGUAGUCAUUUUGGCAGCUACAAAUCGCCCUGAUCUGAUAGACAAGGCUUUGAUGCGACCUGGUCGUAUUGACAGAAUCAUCUUCGUGCCAUUGCCAGAUGCAGCCACCCGGAGGGAGAUCUUUAAACUUAGAUUCCAUUCCAUGCCUAUUAACAGUGACGUGUGCCUGGAGAAACUUGUGACAAAGACAGAGAAGUACUCUGGAGCAGAGAUUACAGCCGUAUGCAGAGAAGCUGCACUUCUUGCUCUUCAGGAAGACAUUCAAGCUCAGUGCAUCAUGGGAAGACAUUUUGACCAAGCUUUGUCCAUUGUUACACCAAGAAUCCCGCAGUCACUGAUUCAAUUCUAUGAGACUUACCAGCAAAAAAGUGGCCUGCACAAUUUAUAGAUGUCUAAUAUAAAGUUGUUUACUUGUAUCAAAAUUAAAAUGUUGACAUAUUGUUUAACACUGUGAGCAUAAUAAUAAUAAGAUUAGAUGUAUGCAAACAAUAAUACUGUAAUAUGGUCUGGUUAUUUACAAAUACAUAUUUUAAUAAGCUUGAUAUAUUUAUGCACUCAAUAUACUUUUAAAGGGACAAUAAAGACAUUAAACACCUUCUAAAUACAA